GUGGCAACCGCGCUUCAUAGCUUGAUGAACGAGAUCAGGUGCAUCGUUAAUUUUCGGAGCUUCUCGGUAGGUUUAUUCUUCUUUUGUGAAUCAUGCGAAUUGCGAAUCAAUAAGGCCGAUCAAGGUCUUGGCAUUUUCAAGAAAUGACAGGUGCGUAUUCAGGGAAGUGGACUCGCAAAUAAUAUACAAAUUUGAGCUGACUCUUUCAUUUUUUAAUACUUUAUGAUAUUCUAAAUUUGGCGAUUCAAAAAACCCAUCACUAGUAUCGAGGAUGACAGCUUCCAUGUGACAGUUAAUUUAAGAUUAAAGGUUAAAAUCCUGUUUUUAACAUUUUUGAAUGGAUAAUUUUCUGAAUAACAUUAAUAAUGAUCACAUAAAAAUCUCAGAUUUUGUUGUUAUACUGGGACACCUGAUGCCUCAAUGAUGAAUGAUCAUGUUAAGACGUGUGAUACACAAUGGAACAAUCUACCAAGACAUAUUGUCCAAAAAUCAUGUCUUGCUAGUUUUGGAUUCCAAAAGAAGAUGUAGUCAUGAGAAAGACAUUAUACAUACCAGUGUGCCUACAAAAAAUGCUCCUGAUGAUAAAGUAGUGUCAGAAGGACCCCCUGAAGAACCAACAAAUUGCUGUAUGUCUGGAUGUCCAACAUGUGUGUGGUUAGAUUAUGCGGAGAAGCUGGUUGAAUAUUACAAAGAUGGAGAUGAAAAAGCUCUCAAGGAGAUAGACGAGAAAAUAACUGAUCCGAGCUUGAAGUCAUAUUUGUUUUUUGAACUACGUAUGAGACUCAAAAAGAAAUAAAUAUUGUUAGAAAGUA